AUGAAUCAACAGUUAAAUAUAUCGGACAAAGAAUUUGAUAGUUUAACAUUAUAUGAAAAACAAAUAUUACUUGAGCUUCAAUAUAUUUUAAAAACAUGCGAACAAAUAAAAGAAAAUUUAAAAAAAGCAAUUAGUAUAACAAAUAAAGAAGGAGAACUUCAUCAUAAACAAAUAUUGGCAAUCGAAAGUAUGAAAGUAUGGGAAAAAAUAAGGGGAAAUGUAUCUUGA